AUGACCAACGAAUUCUAUUUCACCAACCUCUCCGCCCACCCCGUCCCAGGAAAACAAACUGUUCUAGUCCUCACCCUCGUCCGGGAUCGCGAAUCUUGGGGUGGCGACCGCAGCUUCUCCGAUUUCUUGAAUAUUGUCCAAGGGUUCGAUUACCCCAUGUCCAACAUCAACCUCGGUAUCCUCGCCAGCGAUAAAGUAGAAUUCAAGGCCAUCGCCGACUACAUCAAACAGCUACCAGACGACAAGAACCCCUUCCGCCAAAUCCAUGUCAUCCUUCGUGAAAAGGACGCCAGGAUCUCUCGAGCAGAUCGCAAAGCCGAGAACUCCCAAAGAGACAGAAGAAGACUGAUUGCAAGGUUGCGCAACUACCUCCUCUACACCACCAUGCGUGACGAAGAUUCCGUCCUCUGGAUUGACUCCGAUAUGAUUCGUGUCCCUAACGAUCUCCUCGGCCGAAUGAUCGAUUCCGGCAAGGAUGUUAUCACGACUGCAACAAGGUCCGGUCCAAGUGGCGGCUUCAUCGACCUGAACGCCUGGGUAGGCGAACGGAAAAAACCCAACGCAGAACAACAGGCGACCAUCGAACAGGGCGGAAUCUUUGUCCCUGGACCCAAAUCUGUCAAGUUCACCCACGAAUUGCAGGGAGAGGGAGAGUUUGCAAAAUUGGACUCUGUUGGUGGAACCGUCCUCUUUGUCCGCGGAGAAGUCCAUCGAGAGGGUGUCGCUUUCACGACCAACUAUGUCAUUGGCGCAGGAUGGAAAUAUGAGGGCUACGACGGCAUUGAAAGUGAGGGCCUUUGCUAUGUUGCUGGGUUCCUGGGCUACAAGUGCUGGGGAAUGCCUCAUGCCAUUGCCGAACAUAGUGAAAACUAA